GGGCUCCCCCCGUUAGUGGCACCGGUGGCCCCGGCGGGGCGGGCGCGGCUCCGGGGGGUUCCCCCGGCUGCCAGCCCGGGAUGUUUCUGUACUGGAAGAAGCGCGGUGCCUACGAGCUGGAGGCUUUGCCCCCCGGGCUGGCGGGGCUGGAGUAUGGGGCAGUGGAGCGCUUCUCCUGGAGCUCCAGCCUGGACAUCAGCGAGGAGCUCGGGGCCGAGCCGUGCCCACCGGAGGAACCAGUGCUGCGCUGCCAGAACCCCGACUGCUCCGGCGACAGGAGGGCGGCCAAGGUGUGUCACCAUGCGGAGUGCCGGCGGCUGAGCUGCAGCGGCCCCCUCAGCCUGUGUGAGCUCUGUGACAGCCGCCUGCAUGGCGCCAUGCACUGCGAUGGGCACAUCCGCUUUGACCUGCCCCCGCCAGGCUCCAUCCUGGCCCGCAACAUGUCAACGCGCUCAUGCCCGACACGCACCAGCCCUGCCUCUGAUGUGGAGGAGGAGGAGGAGGGACAGGCCGAUAGCAGAGGAGAGCGGAGGAGCUCGGCGCUGAAGCUGCCCAAGAAGAAGGCUCGGCGCCGGCACACGGACGACCCCAGCAAGGAGUGCUUCACCCUCAAGUUUGACCUCAGCAUCAACGUUGAGGCAGAGAUCGUGCCGGCAGCAAAGAAGAAAUCCCUGGGGGAGGUGCUGCUGCCGGUCUUGGAGAGGAAGGCGAUCGAGCCGGGCAGGGUGGACGUGUACCUGGAGCAGUCGCAGACACCGCUCUCGCUCCAGUUCGAGGCGUUCCGCUUCGGGGGGCACUACCUGCGUGUGAGAGCCAAGCCCGGGGAUGAGCUGAAGGUGGAGCAGGCAGUGCAGGAAGCCAGGUUGGCGGCUCUGCCCAUCGUGCACCCUGCCAGCACGGCGCCAGGACAACGGGAGGGCGCUGACAGCCUGGCUCCGGGCCGGCGGAGGAAGAACAUGACGGAGUUCCUGGGGGACAGCAGCAUCCCCAGCCCCGAGCCGUCCCCGCAUGCCAGUGGCUCCCUGCCCACCAAUGGCACUGAUACCUGGAAGAACCGCGCCGCCAGCCGCUUCAGCGGCUUCUUCGGCUCCGGCACCAGCGCCGGCUCCUUCGGGCGGGAGAGUGAGAAGCUGGAGCAGCUGGCGAGCCGGCUGCACGCCUACGGCACCUUCGGGCUGCCCAAGCUGCCGCCGCAGCUCCGCUUCGACCGCGACUCCUGGGAGGAGGACGGGGACGAGGCCGGGCUGGCGCUGGAGGACAGUUGGCAGCAGAUCAUCCAUGGCGCAGAGGCCCUGUCGCGCCGGCAGUGCCACCAGCAGGAAGCCAUCUGGGAGCUGCUGCACACCGAGGCCACCUACAUCCGCAAGCUCAAAGUCAUCACCGAUCUCUUCCUUUGCUGCCUGCUGAACCUGCAGGAGUCAGGGCUGCUCUGUGAGGUGGACGCCGAGCGGCUCUUCAGCAACAUCGGGGAGAUCAUCCGGCUGCACCGGGAGCUGUGGCGCGGAGUCAUGGCCCCGGUGCUGGCCAAGGCGCGCAGGACCGGGGCGCUGCUUGACCCUGUUGACUUCCUCGACGGCUUCAAGACGUUCGGGUCCCUCUUCAAGCCCUAUGUGCGGUACUGCAUGGAGGAGGAGGGCUGCAUGGAGUACAUGCGAACACUGCUGCGGGAUAGCGAGCUCUUCCGAGCCUAUGUGACGUGGGCCGAGAAGCACGAGCAGUGCAGCCGCCUGAAGCUGAGCGACAUGCUGGUGAAACCCCACCAGCGCCUCACCAAGUACCCGCUGCUCCUCAAGUCCGUGCUCAAGAAGACGGAUGACCCACGUGCCCGCGAUGCCAUCACCGCCAUGAUUGGCUCUGUGGAGCGCUUCAUCAACGACGUCAACUCGCGGAUGCGCCAGCGGCAGGAGCGGCAGCGCCUGGCCGCCAUCCUCAGCCGCAUUGAUGCCUAUGAGGUGGUGGAGGGCAGCACGGAUGAGGUGGACAAGCUGCUGAAGGAGUUCCUGCGGCUGGACCUGACGGCCCCCAUCCCCGGCACGUCCCCGGAGGACACGCGGCAGCUCCUGCUGGAGGGCAGCCUGAGGAUGCGGGAAGGUAAAGACAGCAAGAUGGACGUCUACUGCUUCCUCUUCACCGACCUCUUCCUCAUCACCAAGCCCCUCAAGAAGGCUGAGCGCACCAAGGUGGUCCGGCAGCCCUUGCUGGUGGACAAGGUCGUGUGCCGCGAGCUCAGGGACCCGGGCUCCUUCCUCCUCAUCUACCUGAACGAGCUGGGGAGCGCCGUGGCUGCCUACACGUUCCAGGCCAGCGGGCAGUCGCUGUGCCGCAGCUGGGUCGAGGCGGUGCGCAACGCCCAGGUGAGGGGCGCAGAGGGCGGGCGGGGGUCCUGCGGCUGCCCCGAGCCUCCCUUGAUGCCUCCUUGUCCCCAGAACCUGCUGCAGCGGCUGCGGCAGCGCCGGCGCCUGGAGGAGCAGGAGGAGGAGGAUGGGGACAGCGACGCCUCGGCUGCCAGCUCCCCAACCAUCCUGCGCCGCGGCAGCGCCAGCCCCGACUCGCAACGCUGCCCAUCCGACGGCUCCACCGAGACCCUCGCCGUGGUGGCCACGGACAGCGGUGACGCGCUCUCCUCCCCAGAAUGGGACACGGGGCCCUUCAGCUCAGCCUCGGACGGCUCCUCCAUCGGCACCAGCACCUCCGUCAGCGCCGGGACCCCCACCUCCUCCGAGACCCCCCCCCGGGAGCUGCCUGCGGGUGCCCUGCCUGUCCCCCUGCCCCAUGGCACAGCCUCCCCGGCCAGCGGCUGCCGCUCAUCCUCCAUCGACAGCGCCUACGGCACGCUCUCACCCACCUCCCUGCGGGACUUUAGCCAGCAGCCCGAGGAGGGGCGCGAGCCACACGCUGCCCCCCCAGCCCCACGGCCCCCCUCACCCCGGCUGCGCCGCCAGACCCCGGUGCAGCUCCUGCCCUGCCCCACCAGGGUGCUCAAGUCCAAGUCAGAGGCCAACCUGCCCCAGCUCCUAUGCCCCGGCCCCCCGGCCCCCCUCACCCAGAGCCGCAGCCUCUCUGACCUGUGCCCUGGGCCCCCCCGGACUACCCCGCACCAAGCCCCCGGCCCCCCGCCUGCCCCCGGCAGCAGCGGCAGCUCCACCUCAGAGCUCUCAGAGCCGGAGGAGCCGGCGGAGCGCCCGGCGUCCCUUCCGAGGGAGCUCGGUCACAACCCCCUGCCCGCUGCCCGCCGGACCCUCUCGGACCCGCAGUCAGCACAGCACCGCAAGCUGACACUGGCGCAGCUCUACCGCAUCCGGACCACGCUGCUGCUCAACUCCACGCUGACCGCCUCGGAGGUCUGAGAGCCGCUGGAGCGGUGGGGAUGGAUGUACGGCUGCGCCAAGGAGCUGCUCCUGCUUCCAACCGGAGCAUAACGCUGAGGCCGGGCGGUGGGAGGUCACGCCAGUGGGGACAUGGAUGGGGAUGCAGAUCAGUCCCCUCAGCGAGGACAUAGCCUGGGCACGGUGGCACAGGGCUGCCUGCACCUCCUGGGGGCAGGGACAUGGCUCAUGCCAAAGCCUCAUCUGCAGGGAUGAGGGUUGUUGGUUGGGGCCCAGCUGCCCCAUGGUGCAUCAGACUUGGGGGGGGUGAGGAGAGGGUGGUCACGUUGGUGGUGGUGAGUGGGGAAGGUGCUGAGAGGGCUGUGGCGCCGGGGACACGGUGCUGAGGGCGCGCAUGGAGGAGGCUGGGGCAGGAGGGGAUGGCGGUGGACUGGGGCGAGGUUUGCCCUAUGGGGUUGGGAUGAUGGCAGCGGGUGGCAGCGCCUGGGACCGGAGCGCGGGAGCCACGGCAGUGGCCGGAGCACCGGCUGCUGUCUCGUGCCGUGCUCCGUGUCCCGGCCAAGCAAUAAACCCAGCUGGUGCACGCUC